AUGGCUGGGGUCAAGAUUAACGAAGAAAUGGCCAUGGUUGUUUUUGUAGCAGGGCUGAAGCAGAACUUUAGCAAGGAGGCCUAUGCAGAGCUGCACCGGCAGAAAGAAGAGGUUGACAUGGAGACACUGCGCCAAACGCUGGUGCAGUAUGCAACAUUUGAGAAGACCCAGGGGCAGACGAAUAAGGAGAAACAAGUGUAUCCGGCAGAAGCAGACCGAGGGUAUUCUCAAGAGAGAGGCCUAUCUCGAGGUGGAUUCGGACGCGGUGGUUAUAGACGCGUGCGAGUAAUACCGGCGCAUAUAUAUACUGGUGCUAUCUGUCAGAAAUGCCAGGGGCAGCAUAGAACAGAGAACUGCUGGCAGCAAGGCCAAGGGCCAAAAGAUGAUAAAGGAGGUGCAGGCAGAGCUGCGCAGAGUGUGCACUCAACGAUCCUGGCAGGGGCAGUCAGCUAUGCAGAAUGGCUACUUGAUUCUGGAGCAUCUUGUCAUAUGGCCAAGGAGAGGCCUCAGGGCCUGAGCUGGGAGGGCCAGGAGAGAGUUAUAACAGCCGCGGGCCACACACUGGCGACCUACGGACUAGGGCAGAUGAAGAUAGGGCCGUUGAGUCUGAAGAACGUUCGAUGGGUGCCUGGCCUUGAUAGGAGCCUAGGGCUCUGCAAGGGCAAGGAGAUUCUGCGUGUGGAGAAGAAGAAUGGUGUAUACCCGUUGUCAGAGAAUAUGAAGAUGAGUAUGACAGCAGCAGUGCAGGAGAACAGCAAUAGAGCUGCUGAGGUGUCAGCUGAGGAAGCUGCGCCAGCUAGCUUGCCAACAAAGGAGGUGUCAGCCCAAGAGGAGGCUGCGCCAGUGAGUGCUCUGAAGAAGGCGCCACAGAGAGGUGCGGGCGGCAAAUGGCUGCAGGAGAGUCUGCUCCAUAAGAGGAUGGGGCAUUUAAACAGAGACAGCCAACCUAAUCUUUACUCGCUAAGGAUUGAAGCAGGCAUUGAAGUUGCAACUGGAGCUCGGUUACCUUUCGAGAAAUUGCCCAAACCGGAAGACUCUGACACUCCUAACAAGGCAAGUGAAGAAGAAGAGGAAGAGGAAGAGCCUCCAACGGAACUUGGACUUCAUAUGACUAUGAUAACGGAAAUCCUAGGUGAUCUUUAUAAACUUUCUUUCAGAAUCCGAAACUCUGCUACGAGGCUUAGAUCUUUAAAGCCAUCGCUUUACAAGGAAGUUGAUGAAGAGACUGGCGUUGACAAAUUUGCAACAUAUGCUGAUUUUGAUAAACGGCAUGUCAACGAAUCAGUCAUUCAGCUCCGAAAAGAAGCUGCCGAAAGAAUGGACAUGGACCCUUCCAGAGCUGCUAAGUCACUGGGAGAGGACACAUUUAUAAUUGACCGCCUGGCAACGACGCUCACAGAGCGUCGAAAAAUUCUUCGAUACUGGCAAAGACAUGCGAAGAAGCUUAAAACCGGACCCAUUCAGACUUCUUCUGCGGCUGGACCAAAUGACAAGGGGCAAACGCUGGACACACAGGGAUUGAUCGAAGGCUCCCAGCGAGUUAAAAUUACACCAGCACCUAGUGUCACGGCGAAAACGAUUCUCUCCGAGACGAUUGCGACCGAAUAUGAUCGAAAACUGGACAACAUGCUUGACACACGAUCUGCCAUGUCGUACGCUUCUACUUCAUACGAUGUGCAGGAGAAUGCUGUAGAGCUUCCAUCUCCGCCCACUAUCGCUUCUGAGCAAACGGAGUUUCUGUGUCCGUAUUGCAGCAUUGUAUACCCCUCUCGCCACGCCAAGCCUCGUGCUUGGAGAGCCCAUGUUCUUCAGGACCUUCAGCCUUAUGUUUGCACCUACCCUGACUGCCGUGAUGGACUGCAGUUGUAUAAUACCCGACAUGCAUGGCUUGAGCAUGAAAGAUUAGUGCAUCGUCGAGUAUGGCAGUGUUUUAAACAUAAAACGGUUGUCUUCCGGUCGAAAUUCGACCUGCGCCGCCAUCUGGAAUCGCAGCACAACGACGAUGUCACCGAGGCUCAGGUCCAAGACCUUCUCGACGUUUCCGAAUCAAGUCUUGCAGAUGCACGAGAGAAAUGUCCCAUUUGCCUAAUCGAUAGACAAUUUAUUGAACCGCUGGAUGAACACAUGUCCUCCCACCUAGAGAAACUUGCAACGUUCUCGGCUUCUAGAGGUAUUCCAACUAGCGAUGAAGAGGACAGCUCUGGAGCUGACGACCUGUCUGGAAAAGCCCAAGGUCUAAGAUCGGUAUAUUCCGCUUUUUCAGGAAUCCUAGACUUUGAAAGCCCCGCAGAAUCAACCGCCGGUCCCGUGGAUAACGAGAUACCAAGUAAGGCGCCUUCGUUAAGUGAUGACAAGGAGCCAAUGCUUAGCUUAGAGCAUCCUGAUACGCUAGCCGGCAUAGCUAGACUUGCAUCGACGUAUAGAAAUCAAGGAGAAUGGAAGGAGGCCGAAGAGCUAGAAAUACAAGUAUUAGGGAUGAGGAUGAGGAUGCUGGGAAAAGAAAAUCCAGACACGCUGACCAGCAUGACGAAUCUGGCGGUAAUAUAUAAGGCUCAAGGACGAUGGAAGGAGGCUGAAGAGUUACAAAUGCAAGUAUUAGACACGAGGAAGAGAGUGCUAGAAAAGGAGCAUCCAGAUACGCUGACCAGCAUGACGCAUCUGGCGUUAAUUUAA